ACUACCACGCGUUCGGCUCCGUUUCAAGUUGGAUAAGAGAGUCGCAGCCACGUGGACAACCUUACCCUUUCCCGCCGAUUUACUCAACCAUCCCAGCGCCAAACUAAAAAGUCAGUUACUCCCUUUCUUUCAAACUCACUUUCUCCAUCGCAACCCUACACUACACAAUCCAUCCAUCCAUGAUACUACAACAACACUUCCCAUCACAAUGCUCGUGAAUAGCUUAAUCCGCCGCAAAAUUUUGUCUCUACUUCAGCCAUGGCUGCGAGAAGAACCUCAUCUUGAUCUCAAAUUAGGGUUCUUCCACUCCCUCGCCGUCAUCACUAAUCUUCGCUUCGACGUCUUUGUUCUCAACAAACUCUUCCACUCCCCUCCUUUACUGUUCAUCAAGGACCUCACCGUUGAACGCCUCGUCGUUCGAUUCUCAACCUGGUCCCCGCCGGCUUUCUAUGUCGAGUUUCACGGUGUUCAAGUCGUGCUAGCAUUAGAGAAUCCGGAAGAGGCCGAAUGCGUGAGGCGGUUGCAGAUACCGAAGUAUGAUUAUUCGGAUGAUUUCAGAAAGAAACUUUCGGAAUUCGAUCCCGAGGGCUGUUCGUUUCAUCAAAUUUUGGAGACAAUCUUAUUUGCCGUACACGAGAAGAAGAGUUUCACGUCAUCUUUUCUGAAUUUUAUUCUGAAAAACUGUCAUCUAGAGGCACAUCACAUUCAUGUGGACGUUCAAUUCCCUAUCUUAAAUAACAAGUAUGCGUGUUUUGGGGAAAUAAAGGAGUUCAGCGCAAAAUCCAAGUAUCUGGAUAAAAAAUCUCUUGUUAGAAGUUUUGUCAAUUCAGUUUUUGUUCCAGUUAAAGAGAGUUCUUUCGUAUUAGAUGGCACUGGGUUUAAGGUUGGGUUAAAUGGAAAAAAUCAUACCGAUGGUACUAUGAUUUCAUCUGAUAUGAAGAGUUUCAUUAAAUUCAGAGAUCUUAAGCCGGUGGAUUGCACACUCUGUUUUCCAGAGCUCACUUGUGCGUUUUUUCCCGAUGACAUUCCUUUAUGUCUACUUUUCGACAAACUUCUAUCUAAUAAGUUCAAUCAAGCUAGAAGUGCUAGAGAAUUGUGGAAAAUAGCUUCCAGCAGAAUUGACCGCGUGACAGUAACUCCUAGAUUUUCACUGCAAAGAUUAGUUAGUGUUAUAGGUCAAUGGACACACUAUGUCAAAGCUUAUGAGCAAAUCUUGCUGCUAACUGGAUAUUCUACUGGAAACAUAUGGAAAGAGUCCUUUUCUAAAAUGUCUCAUGACAAACUGAGUUCUGCUAAACACCAUUGGGAGUUGAUAUCUGACAUUGAGAAAAAGUUAACUGUUGAAGGUAUAUCACUUGCAAGGCGAAUAGCUCGUCAUAGAGCAGCAUUGAAAGUUCCAUUUGAUUACCAUGAGGAAUCUGCAGCCACACAUAAUUUCUUCCAUCAUCUUCUUUUUAUAGUGGCGUUUAUGUGGGAUAUGAUCUCAAAGGUGAUCCAUUUUCUAGGGGACAUAUUUUUUGGGAAAAACAAAGUGCAAGCUCCAGAAAUUGAUGGUUGCUGUUUGGGAAGUCUAAUCAAAGACCCCUGUCAAAGUAGUUAUUUUGUGCUGAACUUUGGGAAAAUCAUAAUGACAGUUUCUCAAACCAAUGAAAUUCACCCAUCAGUUGGUGAAACGUUACAAUCACAUACUGGGGUUUCAUACUUAGAUUUUCUUUCAAUAUGUUUUUGCAUAGAUUCUUUGUUAUUAGUAUCUGUAAAAGAUAUUCUUGAGCAGAGAGUCUUCCUAUCAUGCGGGCAAAUGAAGGCUGAACUUACACCUUCGACAAUGUCAGCAGAAGAACCUACAUUGAGUAUGCUUAGUUACACUGAAGGAAAGGGAAAAGAAGAUAGUCAUGAUAUGAAAUCACUUAUGUGGAUUGAACCUGCAAAAAGGUUUCCCCUUUCAGAAACUAACACCAUGCAAGCUGAAGAUUCUUUUGAUUCUCAUAUUGAAAGCUUUAUGGGAAAAUUGUCAGUAAGUUGGAAAGAGAUUUGCAGUAAUUUUAAUGAAAGUGAGAUUCAAUAUUCUCAAAAUCCAUGCCUGCUCUGUAAGAUUGAGACAUCUUCCUCAUAUUCAGACCAUAAGAAUCCAGAUUAUGGGUUUUGCGAAUGUGGUUUGUUGGUAGGGAAGUUAAAUUUGAUUUUUAAUCGUUCUUCAAUAUCUUCCUUGUCUCUAAUUCUUAGUCAAAUGCAACCUGCUGUUUACUGGGAGGAAGGGAAGGAAGUUAGUACUGUUUCAAAUUUGUUGGAUAAAACAGAAAAUGACUGGGUUAAAAAGUAUGAAUGUUUUUCCAAAAAAAUGAUUUUGGCCAUGCUUCAAAAGCUUCCAGAGAGAGACAUUCAUUUUGGAGUGUUUGUUGAUGGUCCUUCUGUGAGAUUUUCACACAGAUUGGAGGCCAAUAUCAGUGGUCAAGGCACUGAUGACACCAGCAGUCAGGAUGAUUUUGACCUCAUUUUUGAUUUCCAUGAGAUUGAAGUUGUUGCUGGAUCACCACCAUCUUUGGUUGGUAUGACCUUAUUGACUGGUCAAUCAGGACUUGAUGACACCAAAACAGAGUGUAUUACAUUGGAACCUCGGGUUAUAGAAAUCCCAAAACCCAACAAUGAUAAGUAUGCAUCCGUAGGAAAGAUUUCAAUUGGUUUUUACCUUCAUCUGAAUGGCUUAAAUGCUUUUUUGGAGACGUCAACAAAUGACCAUCAGAUUCAACUUUUAAUACUGAAGCCAAUCACCGUUCAGAUGUUAUGCAUUAGGGAUUGUAUUUAUUCCUUGAGCACAAAAAUGUCCACCUUUUCAGCUUCUUUGGAUAUAACUGCCGGAGGAUUCACUGUUUUGUCAUUUUUGGAUGAGGUGUAUAUGAUCUAUAAGGCAAUUGCAAAUUUUUCUUCUGUGGUUUCUUAUCUGUUUAAAAGCUUUGAAGAUGUUGAUUGCACACAUCCUGAAAUUAUGAAAUGGGAGGCAUUUUUUGCAGUACCUGAUAGCAAUGGAGCAAUUAUACCUGGUGGCUUGCAGACAAAUGACAUAUUCCCGUUUUUUAUUGACGGGACUUGCAGAUUCAAUUCGGUGGAUGUCAUUCUUCAUAAUUCUAGGACAAGUGAUAAUCUAGAGCGUAAUCCCAGAAAAUUUGACAUUUUAACUAGUAAUAGAAAGGCUAUGAAAUCGUUACCUCAGUGUGGAAUCUGGAUUUCUAUUCAGCAGGCACUUACGGUAAUAUCUUGUGAAGAAGCGAAAAUGGAUUUCCUUAUCGAUUUAUCUGGAAUCAUGUCUUCUGUUUUUGAAUACCAGAACCCAAUUGGAAACAACCAUGAAAAUAUUGUACUUCAAAGUUUGUUAUUGCGAUCUGUUAAUUGUUUGCAUGAAAUCUCUCUUUCUGGUGGCAUAUUUACUUUAUGCCUGGGUCUUGUUCAAAAUACCCCAUCUUCAGGAAAUGGGAUCAAAACAUUUGGUAGCUCUGAAGGUAGUACAUCUCACUUGGUACAGGAAUCAAAUUUGUCUGUCUUUGAAAGGUCUAAUAACCAAUCUCCCCUCAUUGUUAAAAAAAUGGUGCCUCCUACAAAUAUUAGCAUGCAAGAUUCAGCAAGUCACUGGUUAGUAAUGAAUGUUGCAGUAUGCAAUAUUUUCAUUGGAAGAUGCUCAAUGAAAAGCGAUCUACUUCGGGCACAUAAAGUGAAUAAGCUUCUGUCUUUGGUUUCUGUUGGUGGAGACUUUAAUAUGAUAUUCUGGGAGAUUCAGGGUGGAGUCAUUGUUCUUGAAACAUCAUCUUUGCCAAUGGCCACUGAUAACUAUUCUUUAUAUCUUCAUUAUAUCGGCAAUCUCAUUUCUGUUGCACAGCAACAUGAUAAAAGCACCAAUUUGGCAGAAGAUGGCAGGGAGAGCUAUAAUAUUGAUCUUGAUCUUGAUCAAGGGACUGUUGGCACAUCUCAACAAGCUGAAAGUGGAUUAUCAGAUGCAUUUGACUUAUCUUUGUCUCACCUUGCUCUCGUUUUAGCACUUGAAAAUGAAUCUGGUGGUAUCCAAGAAAUUGUACUGGAGGUUGACAUCCGUCUAACAUUUGAAUUGAGAACUACUGGGAUGAAAUUGACAGUUGAGCUUUCACGUUUAUUAAUCCUCUCACAAGUUACCCACAAGAGAGUGGAAAAAGAAAUGAUAAUUCCUCAUUUUUCUUCUGUGACAUCAAAAGGUUUGUCAUCUCACCUUGCAUCAGCAGAUCCUUUUUCAGAAUUUCAAAACUUCGGUGAAUUGAACUCUGAUAGUGAUGCAAGUUCUUCAAAAGACCCUACUCCUGUUCAAUCAAGUCAACAGAACCAAAUUUUAAAAAAUUUAAGAGCUUCCAUAUCACUAGAGAAGCCGGAUAAUGAUUCUUUGCAUGGGCAUUGGUUUGGUAUUGGUUGUCUGUCAGGUUUUGAUAUGACACUUUCUGUAUAUGAAAUCCAGACAAUUUUGUCAAUGGCCUCCUCAUUUUCUGGGAUAUCCAGCCACAACACAACAGAAGCAUCGGAGAAAAAUCAUUGGUCUAGUAGCCAAGUUGAGAAUAAUUUUGAAGCAAUUGUUCCUGAUGGGGCAAUUGUUGCUAUUCAAGAUGCAAAUCAACAUAUGUAUUUUACAGUUGACGGUGAAGAAAAUUCUUUCAGAAUAGGUGGUGCCAUUCAUUACUCUCUUGCAGGAGAAAGGGCUCUUUUCAGGGUCAAACACUGCUUCCAAAAGGGAUGGACGUCUACAGUUUUAUGGUUUUCCCUGGUAUCAUUGUUUGCUAAGAAUGAUAUGGGUGUACCGUUGAGAUUGAAUUAUCGACCAGGUUCAUGUUUUGUUGACAUCUCAUGUACUAAUGAUGGAGGAUGUGGACUCUGGAGAGUUUAUCCUCCCGAGGCUGAAAGUUAUGAAGGGGUAACCGACUUGGAGGCUUUCAAUCAAUCGGAGAAGAAAGCUUUCUACCUUGAGAACAAAAUGAAUAACUCUGCUAUUGCUUUCGUUGAUGGUGCUCUGGAGUUUGUUAAGAAGCCUGGGAGUCCAAUCAAGUUCAAAGUUUUCAAUGAUCUUUCUGUUACUUAUGAUGUUUCUGAGACUGCUAGCCACCCUAGAAUGGCUAUGCAUACUUGUUUGCCGACUGAUGAAGAAAGUACAUCUUCUCUGGGUGGAAAACUUCCUUGUAUUGAUAUUAAAAUUGAGAAAAUUUCCUUGAAUAUUGUUCACGAACUUUCUGAUACCGAAGAUCUCUUCCCUCUAAUUUGCUUAUCCCUCAACGAUACACAACUUACUGUACAGAUAUUGGCAACAAAAUCUAGGGUCAUAAGCACUUCAAGUGCAUCAAUAAAUUAUUUUGAUGCUCAAAGAAACUUAUGGGGAGAAGUUCUCCAUCCUGUUGAAAUUAGCCUUUUUUACCGAUCUAAUGUUCAGGCCCAGCUUUCAGAAUAUGGAUCUUGUGCAGUGCCUACUAAUUUCUUCUGCAGAAUAAAAGAGUUGGACAUAUCACUAAAUGAAAAUUCGUUGGACGUGCUUCUCUUCAUGAUUGGGGAAUUGAAAUUAUCCGGUCCUUAUUCACUACAGAGCUCAGUGAUUCUGGCUAAUUUCUGCAAGGUGGAGAAUCAGUCAGGGCUGAAUCUUCUUUUUCACUUCGAUCAGCAACGAGUAACAAUUCCCAGAAAACAGUCUGCCUCCAUUUUAUUAAGGAGGCUCUGUGAUUUCAAAGUUCAAGAUUCAGAAACUGCAAUAUCUGUUUCUAUCCAACUUGCUGAUGAUGGUUCCUUUGCAACUUCUCCUAUUCAUCUCUUACUUCCACUAACACAGACUCUUGCUUGGAAAACCCAAAUUAUGUCAAGAGAAGGUUCAAGAACUUUCCCUGGGCCAAUGCUCGUGGUUAACAUUUCUAGAAAUUCAGAGGUUGGCCUAUCAUUUGUGGUUUCUCCGUUGAUUAAAAUACAUAAUGAAACUGGAUUUUCAAUGGAACUUCAAUUCCAGCGACCUGCUCCAAUGGAAGAUGAGUUUGCAUCUAUCUUGUUAAAACCAGGAGAUUGUAUAGAUGAUUCUAUGGCUAUAUUUGAUGCAAUAAACUUCUCUGGGGGAGUUAAGAGGGCUUUAAUGUCCUUAAGUGUUGGUAACUUCUUAUUUGCAUUUAGACCUAAAAUGACUGAGGAAUUUAGUAACUCUGAAACAUCUCUUUCGCUGGAAUGGUCGGAUUAUAUUAAAGGUGGGAAAGCUGUCCGUCUAACUGGAGUAUUUGAAAAAUUAAACUACAAAGUUCGCAAGGCAUUAUUUGUAAAAUCCGUUAAAUGCUCCUUUAGCACUGUGCUUUGCAAACUCAUGUCUGAGGGUUUAUGUGUGUCCGAUAUGCAUUUUCUCAUUCAGACAAUUGCUAAAGAUAUCCCUGUUGCACAACCUCAAAAGUCUACCGCCGUGUUAAAAAAUGGGAAUUCCAAAGUUUCAUUGCUAGAGCAGAAAGAAAUAUAUCUUCUUCCUACUGUACGGUUGACAAACUUAUUGCAUUCUGACAUAGACGUCCUCUUAAGUGAAACAGAUCAGCUGAAUCUGGCUGGAUAUGAGAAAAUUGGGAAGCAAGCAAGGAUAUCAUGUGGUUCAACAGCUGAUUUUUAUGCCAAUCCAGCAGUUAUAUACUUCACUGUUACUUUAACUUCUUCUAAUUCAAGUUGCAAGCCCGUAAAUAGUAAGGAUUGUGUGAAGAAGUUACUGAAGCAGAACACUGAGGUCCAACAUCUUGAUAUAAAUUUGGACUUCGAUGGAGGAAAAUUUUCUGCAACCUUGAGAUUGUACCGGGGAAACAGGGGCAUGCUGGAGGUUGUUGUUUUUACAUCCUAUUGUAUGAAGAAUGAGACAGACCUUCCUAUUUAUGUUCUUGCAACAAAAAGGUGGCCUCUAUCCAGAGUUGAAUUAGAAAAUUUGAAUUCAAAUGUUCCUUCAGAGCUAGGAUUAUGUUUGCUGCCAAAGUCCACCAGAUCAUGGUUCUUGAAAUCUGAAAGAGUGCAACUGAAAUUGCCAGAAGACCAUACAUCUGAGGCACUGCUAGACUUGGGUUCGUUAUCAGGCCUUACAGAGAUAAGCUUUAAAAAAGAAGAAGGAUCUGGGAUUAAAUCUGUAACGAAGCUUGGAGUGUCUAUUGGUCCUUCUUUAGGAGAGAUUGUUGUGCCAUCACAAACGGUGACUUUGGUUCCACGAUAUAUUAUUUGUAAUGAAUCAGAACAAUGUAUUACUGUUCGCCAAUACUAUUUCCAGGAUGAGAUGACAGGUGUAAUCUCCAUUGACAGCAAAAAGAGAAUGUCACUGCCGCUGAAGGAAGGAUUAAGCAAGAAAAAAGAGUUCAGUGUAUUUGAGCGGUUAAUCAGAAAACACAGAAUUGACAGUGACAAUUCCUUGUUAUAUAUUCAGUUUCAUACAAAUGAGCCUGGAUUGGGAUGGUCUGGCCCAGUGUGUCUAGCUUCACUAGGGCAUUUUUUCCUGAAAUUCAGAAAAGAAGAUACAGCAUCAGACAACAGAAUGAUACAAUUUGCAGCUGUUCAUGUGGUAGAAGAAGGUUCCACUCUUGUUUUGAGUUUCUACAAGCCACCAAAUUUGAGUCUUCCUUACCGAAUUCAAAAUUGUUUGCCUAAUGUAUCAAUAACUUACUAUCAAAAGGGUUCAUUAGAGCCGGAGGUUCUUGGACCUGCAGGCAGCGCUGAUUAUGUCUGGGAUGAUCUAACUCUUCCCCGUAGACUGGUUGUCCGCAUCAACGAUAGCCUUCAAUUACGAGAGAUUAAGUUGGAUAAGGUGAGAACAUGGAUAGCUUUUUAUAAACUUGGUCAACAAAGAGUUUUGGCCACACGCUUGCUUUCAGACAAAAGAUCAAGAGAUCCGAUCAGUGAGCCUGAUGCCUUUGAGAUCACAAAAGUGGGCUAUGAAAUAUAUGCAGAAGGGCCAACACGAGUUUUGCGAAUUUGUGAGAUCUCUGAUAGUUUCAAGAAGGAUGCAGUUCUUGAUUUGUAUGCAAAAUUUCAACUGAGAGUUUCUCGGCUUGCGGUUCACGUACUUGAACAUGUAACACAGCAGGAAGAUGAAAAUGAGCGCAAAGAUUUUACACCAAUUGUAGUCGUGAAGCUUGAGAAUCUUCACAUGGUUACUGUUUCUAAUAAUCAUCAGAAAUAUAACCAGCUCAGUAUACAGUACAUGAACUUGGAGCUUAAGCGGACCGGAGCUCCUUUUGCAUCAAUGCUUCGCAGGCAUCAAUUGGAUUGCAGUGAACCAAAUGAUAGUGUACUGAAGGUUGUUUUUGUUAUACUCGCGUCCAGUUCAAAUGUGAAGCAAUUUAGAUACUCAUCAAUUUUUCUUCAGCCUAUGGAUUUGAACCUUGAUGAGGAGACAUUAAUGAAACUUGCUUCAUUUUGGAGAACAUCUCUUAGUGACUCAGAGAGUCAGCGGAUUUACUUUGAUCAUUUUGAAAUCCAUCCAAUAAAGAUCAUUGCCAAUUUUAUUCCCGGGGAAUCACAUUCAACCUAUAGCUCAUCGCAGGAAGCUCUAAGAUCCUUAAUUCAUAGUGUAGUUAAGGUGCCUUCCAUAAAAAACAUGGUAGUAGAACUAAAUGGGGUUCUAAUAACCCAUGCUUUGAUUACAAUGCGUGAACUAUUUAUUAAAUGUGCACAACACUAUUCAUGGUAUGCUAUGAGGGCUAUAUAUAUUGCCAAAGGAAGUCCCUUGCUUCCUCCGGAUUUUGUUUCUAUUUUUGAUGACCUGGCUUCGUCAUCUCUUGAUGUCUUCUUUGAUCCGUCACAUAGGUUGCCAAAUCUUCCAGGAUUAACUUUAGGUACUUUCAAAUUGAUAAGUAAAUGUGUCAAAGGGGAAGGACUUUCGGGGACAAAACGCUACUUUGGUGAUCUAGGGAAAACUUUGAAAUCAGCAGGUUCCAAUAUAGCUUUUGCAGCUGUAGCAGAGAUAUCAGACUCAAUUCUGAGAGGUGCAGAAGCAAAUGGCUUUGAUGGAUUGGUGAGUGGAUUUCACCAAGGCAUUCUGAAAUUGGCUAUGGAGCCAUCGGUUCUGGGAACUGCUUUGAUGGAAGGUGGUCCUGAUAGAAAGAUAUUGCUUGAUCAAAGUCCAGGAGUUGAUGAGUUAUACAUUGAAGGAUAUAUCCAAGCCAUGCUGGAUACAGUUUAUAGACAAGAAUAUCUUAGAGUCAGAGUUAUUGACAAUCAGGUUAUCCUGAAGAACCUACCACCCAAUCUUUCUCUUAUCAAUGACAUUACAGAUCAUGUUAAGGAGUUCCUUAUGAGUAAGGCAUUGCUAAAAGGAGACCCCUCAACUAUUUCCCAUCCUUUACGCCGUCUUCGUGGAGAAACUGAAUGGCGAAUAGGACCAACAUUAUUGACAUUGUGCGAACAUCUUUUUGUUAGCUUUGCAAUACGCAUACUGCGAAGGCAGGCUAACAAGUUCGUUUUGAGUAUUAAGAGGGAAAAGCAGCCAGAGGUUGGUGAUCAUGCUGAUGAGCCUGCAAACUCUAUUAUUCAGAAAGUGCAGAAAGUGAAUUUCAUUCAAAAAUGGGAUAGCCAAAUUUAUCUUGUCCGGUUUGUUGGCAUAUAUUGACGGCCGCUUAUGUCGUAGUAUUCCCAAUCCUGUAGUGCGGAGAGUAGUCAGUGGUUUUAUGUUAAGUUACAUCGACCACAGUGAUGAAAAAUAAUCCUACAAUUGCCACUAUUCAAGCUAUUUUCGCAAAAUGCAAUAGUAUGUGAUGGAUGAAGUCUCCGUCUGUGGCGUGACAUGCUGAAACAAGCUCAUCUUGUGCAUCAGAAUAUCAGUGACUUACUUGAAGUGUC